AUGUCGUUCAACAACCCCACCCAAAUCUUCGCCGAAGAUGUGACCGAGGAGAAGGGUGAAAAUGCUCGCCUGUCUGCUUUUGUCGGUGCCAUCGCAGUGGGCGAUCUAGUCAAGAGUACCUUGGGACCCAAGGGAAUGGAUAAAAUCCUUCAGUCGGCCUCGACAGGAGAGAUCAUGGUCACAAACGAUGGAGCCACGAUAUUAAAAGCCAUUGCUUUGGACAAUGCCGCAGCGAAAGUGCUCGUCAACAUCUCCAAGGUGCAAGACGACGAAGUUGGCGAUGGCACGACGUCUGUGACCGUCCUCGCCGCAGAGCUGCUACGCGAAGCGGAGAAACUUGUUGAGAGGAAAAUUCACCCUCAGGUUAUAAUUGAUGGAUACAGAAUAGCUAGCAAAGCCGCUCUCGAGGCACUAGAGCACGCCGCAGUUGAUAAUAGCUCCGACCCAGCCGCAUUUCGGAAAGACCUGCACUCAAUUGCCCGAACCACCCUCAGUUCCAAGGUCCUUGCUCAAGAUCGCGAACAGUUUGCAAACCUGGCGUGCGAUGCGGUGUUAAGGCUCAAGGGCUCAACCGAUUUAAGCCAUAUUCAAAUCAUUAAAAAGGCUGGCGGCAAGCUCUCAGACUCCUAUCUUGAUGAGGGAUUCAUCCUCGACAAAAAGAUCGGUGUCAAUCAGCCCAAGAGACUUGAAAAUGCAAAGAUCUUGGUUGCGAAUACUGCCAUGGAUACAGACAAGGUCAAGAUUUUCGGCGCGAGAGUCAAGGUGGACUCGACUGGAAAACUCGCCGAGCUGGAAAAGGCAGAAAAAGAGAAGAUGAAAGCCAAAGUUGACAGAAUCAAGUCUCAUGGCAUCAAUUGCUUUGUUAACAGACAGCUCAUCUAUAACUGGCCUGAGCAGUUAUUUACGGAUGCCGGGAUUGUCUCCAUCGAGCACGCUGAUUUUGACGGUAUCGAAAGGCUAGCCCUUGUAACCGGUGGAGAGAUUGCGUCUACUUUCGACCAUCCUGACCAAGUGAAGCUGGGCCAUUGUGACCUUAUCGAGGAAGUCAUCAUUGGUGAAGACACCCUCAUUAAAUUCUCCGGCGUCGCCGCGGGGCAAGCUUGCACUAUUGUCCUUCGAGGCGCAACUGAACAGCUACUGGACGAAGCAGAGCGGUCUCUGCACGAUGCGCUUGCCGUCCUUUCGCAGACCGUUAAAGAACCCAAGGUGACUCUCGGAGGAGGAUGUGCAGAAAUGAUCAUGUCCAGGGCCGUUGAGCAAACCGCGCAAAACACCACCGGGAAGAAACAGCUUGCGGUGGACGCGUUUGCACUGGCUCUGAGACAAUUGCCGACGAUUCUUGCGGAUAAUGCGGGUCUAGACUCGAGCGACCUGGUUACGCGGUUAAGGCAAGCGAUUAACAAAGGUCUUUCGAGCUCUGGGCUGGAUCUUUUGAAACCGGGUGGUGGGAUCGCAAACAUGCGUGAUCUAGGCGUGGUUGAGAGUUAUAAACUGAAGAAAGCUGUGGUAUCAUCGGCUUCGGAGGCUGCCGAGCUACUUCUUCGUGUCGAUAACAUUAUCCGCAGCGCCCCGCGGAAAAGAGAGCGCGUCCCAUUGGAGAUCCCUCAUGAAACAGAGAGCAUAUCCAGUGCCCAAAAUGACAUGAACCUGACAGCAAUAAAUCUCAUUGCCACUUCACCUCCAAAGCACUGUGACAGACGCCGCGGCACAUUGCUUCCAGUCAUGUCUCUCCCGGUGGACUAUACACUGUCUCCAUUCGACUGUCCCGCCAGCCAGGAAUUGGCGUAUGCACCUUCGUCAGACAGUACGGGCUCAGUGGGCUAUCCACUUUGUCAGCCUGUUGCGCCAGAAACCCGCACAAUGACCCCUGCCCACGCAGACCACCAUAGAAGCAGCCCCUCGGGCUUCAGGCUCUCGUCCCUCUCUCCGUUUCAGCUGGAAAGGGCAUGCUUCACUCCGCAUGGGGUGGGGCUCCCACUAGCAAAUCCGAAUUUCGCAACCGGCGCUGGUGCUCCUCUAUCACAAUCUGGACAUUCAAAUCAGACGACAGAUCCCUCUACUACUUUAGAAAAGGCUCUAUCAACGUUGUCUGCCCUCGAGCUUCGGUUUGCAGAACAGGAGUCGCGUAUUCAAGAGCUGGAAGCAAAGGUUUCACGGCAACAAACAUUGCCUCGUCCUUCACCCGAAGCGGUCCACGCUCCGAAAAGUGUUCCAAUCCUUGAUCUCCUUGAGAUCGGUAACGACCCCGAACCUGAUCAUAUCCCUGGUGCGAAGAGCCGAGGAGACGAAAUGCACGCCCAUAUUCUGGAAUCUAGUGCGGCCUCAACUAAAUACUCCUCUUCGACUGGCCUCGCGAGUGAGCUAGUCGGGUUUGAAGAGAUCUUUGAGCGCAAGUCGGCGCAGGCGCCUCAGAAUUCUUACGAGCGAUCAGCCCAUGACCAGCCACAGACAUUAUUGGAGGGGAUAGGAUCUGCCAUGGAACUCACCCAUCACCGAAGAAUCGAUAGCCGGUCGAACCCCGGCAGCAGCUUGCUCCUUGAUAUGGGCGACAGUCCCCCCCGUAACAACUCCUCCUCAGAAUUCAGCGUGUCUUCUGGCAACCAAGACCGUGCAUCAGACUGCUCUGUACUACCGGGCCCGAUUCCAUGGGAUGGGAAAAUUUCAUGGAAAACAGUAUCAGUUUUUGAAAAUGUUAAAGACAUAGCCAACACGCUUUGCAACCAGCCGCCGGAGAUGGCCUCUCGUGGGCUGUUUCAAGACGAUCUAGUCUUCAAGCCUCGGCAAGGAGACUUGAACGUUUAUCGUACUGUUGCAGUCCUGAACCUUCCGGAUAAUAUCGAUAUGAAAACGUUUCUUAAGGGCAUACGUGGAGGCUGCAUUUACUCUGCCCAUCUACACAAUACGUUGUAUAUCUCCGGGUCACAUAUGGGCGUCGUCACUUUCAUUUUUCAAACCGAUGCUAUCGCAUACGCCGAAUUCGCAGCGAAGAAUGGUGUUUAUUUCAAUGGUAAGCGCGCAGAAGUUGUCUUGUUCAAGACGCCUACAUACCCGAUAUCGGAAGUCAUGGAAAGGUAUAUCUUUGAUCUCGGCCACACCCGUUGCCUGUCCAUCCGAGGAGAGAGCGACCCAGAGCGAUUUACCAUGAUUGCUAAAUUCAUGAAAGAUAAUUCUCGCAUGUACUUUGAUCUUGGAGACCAGAUGGUUGAAAAUGAAACGAAAACAGAGAUCAUUGUUAGGUUUAAUUCAGUUCAAGCAGCUGCUGGAGUGAUGGCAAAACUGGAAAAGUUCCCUCUCCUUUACGGGUGUGAUAUCGACUUUGACAUCGACCCUUGCUCUGAACCGCUGCCUGGCCCAAGAAUAUUUUGA